UGGAGUGGACACUGACGUUACAAGCGCAAAGAUGAAGUUGAACGUGAUAGAUCUGUUGUGUCUGACCCUUCUUCUGGUUCAUAUUAAUUCUUCGUUGGCCAAGAAAACAGGAGGGUUUGGUGGGAAAAUAAGUCUCUUUAAGAAGACCUCCAAAAGACCUCCAAAACAGUCCAAGGGUGGAACCCUCAAACAACCUAAACAACCUGAACAGUUCAACCAGGGAGGUUACCCUCAGCAACCAGGUCGACCAGGGGGUUACCCUAAUCAAGGGGGUUACCCUAAUCAAGGGGGUUACCCUAAUCAAGGGGGUUACCCUAAUCAAGGGGGUUACCCUAAUCAUGGAAGCUACCCAAAUCAUGGAAGCUACCCAAAUCAAGGAGGCAGACCAGGAUACCCAGCUGGAGGUUAUCCAGCACAGGGCUACCCAUAUGGAGGAGGUUAUGGCAGUUAUGGGGGUCAUGGCGGAUAUGGUGGUUAUGGAGGUUAUCCGGGUGGAUCCCUGAACUACAACCCGAACAACAAAGUCCUGAGCCCUCACUACGGGGGCAGCUUUGGAUAUGGGGGCCACGGUGCUCGGGGCGGCUCUCCCUUUUCCCACUCGGUUCAGGCAAUGGGCAUGCGUCCCUCUGACAGGUCCAGAGGGUUUGGACGCAGCGCGGUGGUGGCAGCAGCUGGAGGGGCGGUGGUAGGGAUGGCCCUGGGCUACGGGCUAGGGAGGUUCCCCCGUCCUCCCUUCAGCUUCCACAACCCCCAGGAGGAGUAUUACUACAACCACUACAUGUACAAGAAAUAUGGAGCCAAGUCUACUGAUACCAACGACUACAGCAGAGACUACAAGUACAGCCAACCCCCUCAAACAUACGACAGCUACAUGGACUCCUGCAUGAAGAGGACCGACAUUCUACCGGCGGAGAACCGAAAGCAAAACAACAACCCGUCUGCUACUACCACAACUACAACUACUGCGCUCGCCUCAGCUCCAGACACUGGAUCAGCCAGCAACACAACGGAGACCAACGGCACUGCAGCGGAUAAGAGAACUGACCUUCAUCAUGCGGAGAAUGGAAAGCCAAACAACAGACCAGCUGCUACGUCCACUACUACUCCUGUAACUACCACAACAUCCGCUGCCCCAGACUCCGUCAUUGGCAGCAAAAACCAGCCAACAAAUAGCAACGGCACAGCAGCAGAAAACUCUUCGACCUCCACACCUUCAACUCCACACCCUCUAAAUAAGUCUGAAGCCAGCCCAGUGCCUCCAGCUUCACAGGUUCUCAGAAAAACUGCUACUGAUGUAGAGGGUGAUGAUGAUGACAUUGUCAGCAUUGUGGAGAUUGGCUACCCGGCACUGAUCGAGCAGAUGAAGGCCAGGAGAUGUGUGGAGUUGUACAUGGUCUACUCUGAAAAGUACUUGAAGAAAAACACUGAGCCCAGUACUACUGAUGGGGUGCAGGGACUGGAGGCGGGUUUGGGGGGUUUAUUAGCUGUGGUCACCAGUAUUACACUGAUGCUGCUGAAUAGCAACAUAUUGAUGCUGCGCUGAGUCCUUCAUUAAAAGUUAAAUUAACAAAGAAAUACAGAAAUGAGGCGUUCAACAAUGAAUGUGUUAAAGAUAUUAAGUACACAGGGUGGAUCUGGGGAUGAAAAAAAAAUAACACGAGGCAAACGUUUUGAUUUUGAAAAAAAACAUCUUGAUGAGUUUUGGGUGGAUUGUUUGCUGAACUUUGCUGAUCUCCUGACUUACAAAGUUUAGCAUGGAAACACACUCAACUUUGAUGUUGAACAUGGCAGUGGCAGAUCUAGAGGAGUAUUCAUGAGGUGACCACAGGGUGGCAUGAAGAGAGAUAGAUCAACAUUUGUUUUGAAAAGCCAUCCGAUGAAGAUAUUUCAACUCAAAAACAUUACAUUAUUGUGACACACGAGUAAAGCAUUGAAUAGAAUACCAGAAUGUGUUAUUAGGAAUCAAGAAAUUGUUUCAUAAGAAUA